AUGCAUGGAGGCGGAUACGUCCCGUCAAAUGCAAAGAAUCGGCUUCAACACCAUCCCACUUUCGCCGGAACGACCGUCGAGUCAAGCAAGCCAUCCAAUGAUUCCACUGCUUCUGGAACAACUACAAGCUCGACUUCCGAGCGUGAAAGCCACGGAGGGAGCUAUGUUCCUAGUAACAGCAGAGGGGCGGCGAAAACCAGCUCAGCACAAUAG